AUGGACUACUAUACAGGGAGUGGAGGGCCUUCUGCGUUGGAGAACCUUGGGGUGCAGCCAGUGCCGUACCCGGUGCUGCUGAUACUGGGGCUGGUGGGGCUUCUUCUGGGUGUCCCGUUAUUCCUAGCGUACGAGUCUGCCGUGGAGGAGGCCCAGCAGCGGCUUAACUGGGGACUCAUGGCGGUGCCCGUGCUCCUGAUCUUCGCCAUCCGAUGGGCGGCUUCGUUCCAGGGGUCGGGCCUCCCCUUCGGCUUGUCUCUCGGGGACCAGCGGAGAUGGGCGGUGGACGGCGCCUCGGAAGAAGGCGGCUCGCCGUGGGCCGUAGCGGCCGUUGUUGUUCUGGUCCUGGUGCUCGUUUCCUUCCAGUCCACCUUCCGUGACGUGUGGUCGACUUAA